GAUGUCCUCCGACACGCUGGAGGGCGCUGUUGCAGUCUCACACCGCGCUAACGUCCCGUCUGUUGCCGGAAGUAAAUCUCACUUUUCAAAGGAAAGGCAUGCGAGUUUGUUUGGAUCUCCAUGUGACACCGACUUCGGACCAGACCCCCUGGAAAUUGAACGACAUCUCCCAGUACACUCACAGUCGUCAUGGGCAAAAAAGGCAAGAAAGAAAAGAAGGUGAAGGGAGCCGAGAAGACGGCUGCCAAAAUGGAGAAAAAGGUUUCAAAGAGGUCCAAACGAGAAGAGGAGGAUUUGGAGGCUCUGAUUGCUGAGUUUCAGAAUCUGGAUGCCAAGAAGACCCAAGUUGUAGAGACAACAUGUCCGCCUCCAUCACCAAGAUUGAGUGCGUCUCUCUCCUCCCAUCCUGAGAAAGAUGAACUCAUCCUGUUUGGGGGAGAGUUCUUCAAUGGAAAGAAGACGUACCUGUACAACGAUCUGUUUUUCUACAACAUCAAGAAGAACAGCUGGGUUAAAUCAGACAUCCCCAACCCUCCUCCCCCCCGCUGCUCUCAUCAGGCGGUGGUAGUUCCCCAGGGUGGGGGUCAGCUCUGGGUGUUUGGCGGAGAGUUUGCCUCUCCUAACGGUGAACAGUUCUACCACUACAAGGACCUUUGGGUGCUGCACCUGGCUACACACACCUGGGAGAACAUCAAGGCGCCUGGUGGUCCUUCAGGUCGCAGUGGCCACCGGAUGGUCCUCAGCAAGAAACAGCUGCUGGUGUUUGGAGGUUUCCAUGAGAGCACCAGGGAUUUUAUCUACUACAACGACGUGUACUCUUUCUCCCUGGACACCUUCUCUUGGUCACGCCUUACUCCGUCGGGCACCUCCCCCUCCCCACGCUCGGCCUGUCAGAUGACCUCCACGCCUGAUGGCACGGGUGUCAUCAUCUACGGGGGAUACUCUAAAGUGAGAGUGAAGAAGGAUGUAGAGAAGGGAACCAUCCACUCUGACAUGUUUCUUCUGAAGCGAGAGGGCAAAGAUGGCCAAGAGAAGUGGUCGUGGUCCAGGUUGAACCCCUCUGGUAGCAAGCCCCCUCCUCGUUCGGGUUUUUCUCUGGCCGUGGCACCAGCGGGGCGGGCGGUACUGUUUGGUGGGGUUUGCGAUGAAGAAGAGGAGGAGUCACUGGAGGGCGACUUCUACAACGACCUCUAUCUCUAUGAUACCGUGAAGAACCGAUGGUUCCCCGGCCUGCUCAGGGGAAAUAAGUCGGAGAAGAAGAAGCGACGGAGGGGGAAGAAGGGUGGAGCCGAGGGAGAGGGAGCAGAGAAGGAGGGGGAGGAGGGGGCGGCGGCAGCGGCAUCUCAAGCACCCACUGAGGUCAUCAAGGAGAUUGUGACCGAGGACGGCACAGUGAUGACCAUCAAGGAAGUGAUCCCAGGAGCUCAGGAGGAGGAAGAGGAAGAUGAGGAGGAGGAGGAGGAGGAUGGUUCAGCCUCAGCCCCCUUGGUGGAGCCUUGCCCGAGGUCCAGUGCCAUGGCAACAGUGCGUCAGGGCAAGCUCUUCCUAUACGGUGGGAUGUUCGAGGUUGGCGACCGCCAGUUCACCUUGAACGACUUCUACUGCCUGGACCUCCACAAGAUGGACCAGUGGGAGGUUCUGGUUGAAAUGGACCCAAAGACACAGGAGUGGCUCGAAGAGUCUGAGUCAGAAGAUGAGGAGGAGGAGGAGGAGGAGGAGGCGGCGAAAGGAGCAGAAGAGGAUGAAGAGUCUGAAGAGGAAAGCGAGGAUGAGGAAGAUGAAGAAGAGCUCCCCGCAGUGCAGGAGGGAGAGACAGUGACGGAUUACCAGCUCCGUACAGAGCAGUACUGGGUGGGACUGGCACGUGCCAACAUGGGCUCCGAAGCCAAGGACAAAAAAGUCGCCAAGGUUGCCCUCGCCAUGGCAAAGGUCUUCUAUGAAGACCAGUAGUGGGAGAUGCCAAACUGUCUGAGCGACUCUGCCUGCUGCUGGAAACAAGGGACCUUAAUCAUUUCUCAAAUUUCUGCCUCCUCAGUCCUUGAGGAGACGCUAGGAGAGAGGAGUCGAAGAAACAGGAAUUUAACGAAAUGAGAUUUCCUUUCCUCGGAGCUGUGAUCUCUGUCAGAGCAGCAGACCAGCUUUUGGCACUAAAGACUACAGAUAAUUUCUUCACAAUCCAGAAACAUGUCUGUCAACAUUAUAUAUCAGUGGAAACAUCUCGAGGUUCCAAUAAACAUUAAUAAUCAUUCACAAGGCUGCACAGUACUACUUUUUUUUUUGCGGUGCGCCUUUUGCCUGUAAACAGGAGAUCAUUUCAACCCUCAGCCUGAUGAGAUGAGCGUUUCAUCAUCAGUCCCUUUACAAAAUGACAGUAAUAUUUAUCUCAUAUUGCCCUAAGUCAUUACAGGACACUACUGUUGGAAUGACGUGCAGACUACAUGGGCACUAUUAUUAUUAUAACAUGAAACACAGCAGAUCAGGUAUGUAUGCUCUGGUUCAUAUUACAGCCUAAUAUUUUGACUUCAGCAGCUCUUUGAACUGUUUUGUCACGGUUAUAGCAGCUGAAUUGGUGUGAUGGGCGGAUCGGCUCGGACAUUAACAGAACACAUAUUUAUAUGCAUAGGCUAAAUCAUCCAUCCGCCCCCCCACCAGCUAAUUAUUUUAUCAGAUUUAGAGACCAGCACCUGUAUAGGCAUUUUAUCUCACCUCUACCGGCCAGGCGAUUUCUUUCUUGUGUGUUAUAUUAAUGUAUCAGUGUUUUCUUUAACAAUUUACUUUGAUGAUUCGAGAGGCUGCUGUCAUUCAUUUAAACGUUUCCAUCCGUGCAGUAAUGUCACAGCAAAUAUCGUGGGACAAAACCUGCAGUAAAAGGCUAAACUUGACAGGACAGACAGAGAAAACAGGGGGAACAGAAUUAAACUUUCAGCUUCUAUAAUCCAGAUGGAGUGCAGGAUUGAUCAGGAGGACGGCUGCUUUACUCCAGUUUAUCACAGGUUGUUCACUAAUGGAUUGUAUUUUUCAUUGAAGCAAUUUUCAUUUUGAAAAUCAAAUAUAAAUUACACUUCAUAAUUAUGUUGACAAAUCUUGGUUGACUCUGCAAUUGGAAUAUAAUUCUAAAUGUAUUCAUAUAGCCUACCAUCCAUUUACCAUCCAAUGCUACAAUAUCAAUAUGAACAUCUCUAACUACCAAAUGACUUAAAUGAUGCACUAAUUAAAGGUUAAUUUGUCUCUCUAUAUAAUAAGGUCAGCUGGGAGUGUGAUCUUUUGGAUGUCUUACCACGUCGGGCCCUUAGAAGAGAGUCGACAGCGUGUUGAUAUAUUGGCAGAGACAGAUGAAAGGUGUUCAUGGUUUAGACUACCACGGGCGGUGCCUUUUCAAGAUGUGAAACUUUUUCGAGCCGUUACUUACACAGAUACACGAUCCAAGACGACUUUCCCUUAAUUCCACUGCUGAUGCUGAUAAAAAUGAUAGACUUUCUUUUAUGAAGCUCCAAAAGCAGGACUCAUAGACCUCAUAAAGCUCUUCUUUUACUCUUGGGUGCCAUUUUAAUGAAUGAACACGUCCGGACAUAUGGGACAGGACGCGUAGCCUUAUAUCUGAACAAGAUAAACAGAUAACUAAAACAUUUAACAGUGGGAGAUAAUUGUGGAGUCUACAAGAAAAGCCUUGAGCCACAGUGGAAGCUCCUUACUCGCAGGACAGGAAGUAUAAGACUAAACAAUCUCACACAUGUUCAUUCUAUCCCAAACCCUGGUACACAUAGUGUCAAGUUCAUAAGAUAAAAACACAUGCAGGGUUAUAUAGGUAAAGUACAUAUAGGUAAAAUCAAUUUCCUGUCACAACAAAGAGGUGGCACACUCGUACGAGCCCACCGUAUGGAAUAAAGUCAGAGAAAGUUCAGAUAAGAAUACGAAAAUGUUCUUGAGGCCCAGCGAGCUGAAAGACGCUGAAACAUUCUGUAGAGCUGGGGGAUAAAUCUCUUUGGGUUUGUCACAACCAGCGGUACCUCUCACAUUACUUAAACUUAUUUGAUGCAUUGUUAGUAUAUUAAUUAGUGCAGCUUUAAGGCCCAUUGGUGAUUAAACGGGUUAUUAUCUUUUGCUUAUGCUCCCAUGUAUCCACAAGUAGUUGUGUUUCCUGCUGCCACAGAACACUGUUCCCCAGUUUACAAAAAACAUGGUCCUGUUGUGCUCACGACAGCUUAGAAAUGUGGUGAUACAAAACUGGAAAGAAAUGCAAAUGAACCUGAUUAUGCAUCAGAAUAAUGGAAAUGGUUAAUGGAAAAAUUAAUUAAACCACAGUCUGCAAAUGUCA